AUGGCCAGUCUUCUGUCAGAGGAGCAGUUUCAGUGUUGCAUCUGCCUGGACGUGUUUAACCAGCCUGUGUCCAUCCCCUGCGGACACAACUUCUGCCUGCCAUGCAUUCGUCGCUUCUGGGAGACCCAGAAACGCUGCGAGUGUCCGCUUUGCAAAGAGAGUUUCCCACGACAGCCGGACCUGCGGAUCAACCGUGGCCUGGCUGACAUCACGGAGCACUUUAAGAGGUCGUUGAAGGUCAAGGUCAGGCAAGGUCAGGGGGACGGGGAAGGCGCAGCCGUCAGAGCCUCGACGACGCGUGGGUCGUCGCCUGGGCGACAGGGUCGGCAGUGCGGGCUCCACCAGAGGCCACUGGAGCUGUUCUGCAGGAACGACAGAAAAGUGAUUUGCUCACGCUGUGCACAGACUGAACACAGAGGACACAACACAGUGCCUGCAGACAGAGAGAGCGCCAGGAUGAGGGCUGAGUUGAGUGAUACGAAAGCUGAGGUUGAGAGGAUGAUCCAGGAGAGACAGCAGAAGCUGGAGAGCACUGAGCACUCACUGCAGCUCAGCAAACUCAGCAAAGAGAGAGAAACUGAGAACGGUCAGCAGAUUUUCAUGGCUCUGCUGCGCUCUGUCGAGAGGCUUCAGGCAGAGCUGGUGGAGGAAAUGGAGGAGAAACAAAGGGAGGUGGAGAGGAGAGCUGGUCACCUCACUCAGGAGCUACGGCAAGAAAUCAAUGAGCUCGUCAAGAGACGCACUGAACUAGAGUGCCUUUCAAACAGCGAGGACCAAUACCAACUCUUCCAGAGUUUUUCAUCUCUGACCACACUUCCACACAUGAAAAACUGGUCUGAGAUCAGUGUUCCCUCAGAGCACAGACCAGCAUCCAUAAGGAGAGCUGUGUCUAAGCUACAGGAGAUUUUAAACAGCCAAGAGAAGACUUUGUGUGAAGAAGAGCUGAGACAUGCUCAACAACAUUCAGUCGACGUGACCCUUGACCCAGUCACUGCCUCGCCCUGGGUGAUCCUGUCUGCUGAUCUCAAGCAGGUGAGUCUGAGUUACCAGCCGCUCAGCCGCCCGCUCCCCGACGACCCGCGCAGGUUCGACUCCUGUGUCUGCGUUUUGGGACGAGAGGCCUUCUCUUCGGGGAGGCGCUACUGGGUCGUACAGGUUGGCGACAAGACGGACUGGGACCUGGGCGUGGCCAGAGAGUCCAUCAACCGGAAGGGCGGCAUCACAGUCCGUCCCGACCAGGGGUUCUGGGCGGUGUGUCGACGGAAAGGGGCCAGCCUCAACGCAUGUGCUGGACCCUCUGUGACCCUCUCCCUCCCGCACACACCCAGAAAGGUGGGGGUGUUCCUGGACUACGAGGGGGGCCUGGUGUCCUUCUAUGACGUGGAGAACAAAUCUCACAUCUACACGUUCAGCGGCUGCUCCUUCAACGAGACGGUCUACCCUUACUUUAACCCCUGUCUCCAUGACAACGGGAAGAAUACCGCCCCUCUGAUCAUCUGUGCGACGGGUAACCAGGCGGUCACGCCCACCGACCCGCAGCCACAGGGCCCAGUUGGCCAGUCGGGGCCCAUGAGGGGCCGUCCCUCAUACCAUCGACCUCUCACGCAUCAGACACAGUUCUAG